AUGAUUGCGGAUGAUGGAAGAAUGUCAAUGAUUGAUGAUGUACGUGACGGUAAACGGAAGAUGGAUGAUUUUGGAGGCUUAUACCCAAUGGAACACCAUGCGACCUCAUCCCGGCAAAUAGGCGACCAGCAAGUUCAGGAAGGCGCCUUCAAAAAGGUCAAGGCGGAACAGUCACCUGCGUCGGCAUCGUCGCUGAGCUCCGGAAGUGGCGGUUCCUCUGCGCACAACCCGAGCACGUGCCCGACGCCGGCGCGCCGUCGGCAUCGGACGACGUUCACCCAGGAGCAGCUGCAGGAGCUAGAGGCGGCGUUCGCGAAGAGCCACUACCCUGACAUCUACUGCCGGGAGGAGCUAGCGCGCAUCACAAAACUCAACGAGGCCCGUAUACAGGUGUGGUUCCAAAACCGACGGGCCAAGUACCGAAAGCAAGAAAAGCAGCUGGCCAAGUCGCUGUCGCCCGUGAUCCCCUCGUGUAACAGCAUGAUGCGCAACAUAUACCCGACUAGCUCCCGACCCUACGGGGGGUACCCCAGCCCCGGGGGCAUGAACUCGAUGGGCCGCUACCCCCAGAUGAACACGUCGUACGCGCCCGUUGGUCAGUACCCUACCAUGAACACCAUGCAGUCCAAUCUGGGGCCCUCCAUGCCGCGACAGUUGCAACAGUUUCCGGGCAUGACCUCAGAGUAUAACCUGGAAAUGCACGAGGACGACUGGUACAACAAAAGUUUAACAGCACUGCGCAUGAAUAAUUCACAUCCGGGUCUCGGCAAUCCAAUGUUGCAAUACCAGGUGUAAAAAGAUUUGUCAUUGCGGACAUUUUUAAAUUUCAAAACAUGUGUAAGGGAAUUUGGUGCAAUAGUGCUUAUUGUUAAACUGGGUGUUUUGGUAAAACGCGAUCUCUGUUGUUCGGUAUGGUAAGUUCGGAAUACAGAGUUUACAAUAGUGU